AUGACUGCCUUGAGCCUCGAGGAAGGCUCCAACUUCAACAUCAAUGCCAAUCACAAUGGGUCAAGUCACCAUACCCGCGCUGUCUCUGUCAGGCCUCCACCACGGAAAAGAAGGAGGAUAGUCAUUUCUUGCACAGAGUGUCACCGGAGGAAACAGAAGUGUGACCGCAAACUUCCUUGUACAAACUGCAUCUCCCGCCAUAGACAAGAUGACUGCCAGUAUGAGUCUGGAGCUCCCACCGCCAAAGAAACACAACGGUAUCAGCAGCAGCCAAAGCGAGCACAACGGACCAGCUCCAAUGAGACUGAAACAGUAAUUCACGGAGCCGGGCUCGAUGAGAAUAGGGGUAGCAUCACGGAGGGACAGUGGUCAGGAGAAUCCUCCACCGAUGACAGCAAUGACCACCAACACAUCCCCUCCAACGUUGCCAACAUCGCCAACCUCGGCUACUCGACCACCGGCGCUUCGACCUCCACCCUCAGUUUCAUUCACAAGAUCGAGAAUCACUCCGAGUCAUCCUCAUUACCUCACCCAUCCUCCACACUCCCACUGUCCAACGGGGAUGGCCGAGUGUCUACAUCGCCAACUGACAUUGUCAACCGCUACAAGUCUUUGAUCCGUCAGCUACCGGCGAGGAUAUACAUCGAGAGACUGGUCGAUGUUUACUUUCGGGAUUUCAACUGGCAGUACUCCAUGCUGGAUCGAGACAUAUUCGAUGCUCAGCUAGAGGAGUGGUAUAAAAUCCCGUUUAAUGUGUUUAACAAUGGGGGCCCGGGGGCAAUACCGCCGGAUUUGAGGGUGUUUCCGGCGUUGUUGUUUCAAGUGAUGAGUAUAGUCAUGUUAAUUUUGCCUGAGAAGACUGGGAAGGGGGCUCGGGAGGAGGUGGUAGCGGAUGGUAGGGAUGGGGAGGGCAGUGGUAGUGAAAAGGGAAAAGUUGGGAGUAAGCGGACGGCAAAUACGGGAGUCAAAGGAGGUGUGGAUUUUGAGGCUCUCAAGUACGCUGGAAACAUGACGUUCGAGGAUCUAGCGAAGGAGUACAUUCUCGCUGGGUUCGUGAGGGCUGCGUUUCUGAAGUUUGUCGCAAUGGUUCCCGAAGCUUGGCACGCAAUAGGCACCGCCAUCCGCGAUGCUCAAGAACUCGGCCUCCACCGCUCCUCUCUCGACCCUCGUCCUCCCCCUUCCGCCACCGCCGAAGCCAUCCUCCAAAACCAAUGGGAAAUCCAACGCCGCCGCAAAGUCUGGCUCAUUCUUGUAACCUGGGACAUCCACUGCGGUGCUACGCUUGGCCGGCCCUCCACCAUCGACCUAACCACCAACCCGCCAAUCCUACCCAUCGACGUCGCUCUUCCCACCACCACCACCACCAUGACCAACUGCCGCUCUCCUACACCCAUCAUUCCCCGCUCCGAAGAAAACGACCCCCCAACGCCCCUCACUCGCAUCCUCUGGACCUACAAAAUCACCCUCCAACUCGUCUCCAUCCUGGCCCUAGAGAAAGAAGGUCCCUGCCCAGCGUCCUUUUCCAAAGUCGAUCUUCUCCAUCAACACUUGGUAGAUCUCGAAAACUCUAUCCCUUCCUACUUCCGCUUACACAACCCCGACACCCGCUUCGACUCGCUGCCCCAAUGCUACUGGAUCCCCUGGGCCCGCGCCCUCCUGCCGCAGCUGACCGCCUUCAACUUUAUGGCCUUGCACCGUCCGUAUAUCUUUGCUCGCCCCUUGUCUCGCCAGCUAGCAGUCGAAAGGGGGUGUUUGGCCAUGCUGAGAGCGCAACGAACGCAUUUUGAAAUUUUGAGACGGGAGAUGAGGCAGAAUACGUUUACCUUGUUUUUUGGCACGUUUGAUGCGAUUGUGUUGAUGGGGGCUGUGUAUAUUCUUUUUCCGAAGGAGAAGGAAACGGGGGAAAUGGUGGGGGAGGUGGUGCAGCAGUUUAAGUGGGCGGAGGAGCGGUUUGAGGAGAUGAAGGAGCGGAAUCCGUUGGCGAGGCAGGCGAGGGGGGUGGUGAGGGGGGUUGGGGAGAGAUUAGGGCGGGCGGUGGGUGUUGAUUUGGGGCAGAAAGGCGUCAGGGUUGGUGGUGGGAGGGGGGAUAGUCUGGUAUUAGAAGGUACAGCAGCGGCUGUUAAGCCUACCACUGUUGCCGUUGGUGGAAGAAGGAAAAGACUGGCGAGGCAGAGGGUUGUCACGUCUGUUACCACGUCCACGGUUCAAAAUGGGCUCUCGACGGCUUCCUUGUCAACAUCAGUACCAUCGGGUAUCGCUUCCAGGGCGGAUAGCUCAACCACCACACCUGCCACCGCUACCUCAACAACAACAACAACAACGGGAAUAACAACUCCAGAGUCCACCGCGCCCCCUUCCCUUGCACAAAGGCAGUUCGGUACAGCAACGUCCGAGAUCAACACCGCCAUCACCAACGCCUUUCAUACCUCUACUACCUUUCCAUUUAACCAUACCUCAUCCGAGACCAUCCCCAUCGACCCGAGUCUCAAUCCAGCCCUGUCCCCAGGAGUCGCAGAUUGGGCCGCCGCCGCUUCCACCAUGCCCUCCAUAUCCCUCCCGUCUCUCCCCGACGACUUCAACUGGACCCACAUCUCCCCGAUAUAUGCGACGGGAGACCUGGUCUAUAACGACCUGACGGGUUUUGUGUACGACGAGUUUGAUCCUGUCGUUCAUGAUGGCAGUAACCACUUGGUACAGAGGGGUGAUGGUGGUGGUUAUGAAGAUGGGUUGGGAGGAGUCGGCUUAGGGAAUGGGCUGGUUACAGGGAUCCCAAGUCACAUAGAUAUAGACAUGGACAUCGCCCCAGGCACGGGGGAUGCGGGAACAGAAGGUGACAUGCCUAGGUUGAUGGGAGUUGAUCAGGAUGACGAGAACAUUGGCGAAAGACAGAGUCAGAGUCAAAGUCAAAAUGAGGCGUUGUGGAUGUUUGAUGGACGGGGGAUUGGGGAGGGGACUUGUGUUUGGGGGUUGUUGAAUCGGUAUUGAUUGGCUGAUGGCUACCGGUUACUUGUCUGGGUUCAGCAAGGGAAAGAAAAGAAGCAAGCGAGGCGAGUGAAGCAGGUCCUGACGAGUACUGCUGGGUCUCUGGGUGGUUGAAAUCAGGUUGGGAGAUUCGGACAUGUCACUUUGAAAAAGACAAUUUGAAAAAAAUGGGACUCGGCACUAGUUUUUAUGUUUG